AACCAGUAAACUGGACAUUUCUUUUUAUCACUUCCUCAUAAUUCACAGAGCGACAGCCAACGAGCCAGAGAGCAGAUGGACGGGCCGAUGCGUGUGUUGGUGACGGGUGGCAGUGGGCUGGUGGGACGAGCGAUAGAGCGAGUGGUGAAAGAGGGCGAAGGGAGAGAAGGAGAAGAAUGGAUAUUCCUCUCAUCCAAAGAUGCCAAUCUUGUGAGCGCUGAAGAGACGAGAUCAGUUUUCCAGAAGCAUCGUCCGACACACGUCAUUCAUUUGGCCGCCAUGGUGGGUGGGCUCUACAAAAACAUGAGACAGAACCUGGACUUCUGGAGAGAUAAUGUGCACAUCAAUGACAAUGUGCUGUACAUGUCUCAGGAGUUCGGGGUGGUGAAGGUCGUUUCUUGUCUGUCUACGUGUGUUUUUCCAGAUAAAACCACCUACCCGAUAGAUGAGACCAUGAUGCACAACGGUGCCCCACAUGAGUCUAAUUACGGUUAUGCCUACGCCAAACGCAUGAUUGAUGUCCACAACAGGGCGUGUUUUCAGCAGUACGGUCUGCGAUACACAGCAGUCAUCCCUACCAACAUAUUUGGACCACAUGAUAACUUCAACAUUGAGGACUGCCACGUGAUGCCGGGGUUGGUACACAAGACGUACCUGGCAAAGAAGGAAGGUAAACCUCUGCAAGUCUGGGGUUCAGGUCGCGCCCUGCGUCAGUUCAUCUAUUCUGUGGAUCUGGCUCGUCUUUUUGUGUGGGUUUUGAGGGAGUAUGACGAGGUGGAGCCCAUCAUUGCGUCAGUCGGAGAGGAGGAUGAGUUGACCAUAAAGGAUGCUGUGGACGCUGUGGUUGAAGGGUUUGGGUUUAAAGGUGAAGUGAUUUAUGACACUGGUAAAUCAGAUGGCCAGAUCAAGAAAACAGCCAGUAACGCCAAACUACGCAAAUACCUGCCAGACUUCAAGUUCACACCGUUCAAAGCAGCCGUCAAGGAGACGUGCGAUUGGUUAGCGGCAAAUUAUGACAUCGUCCGUAAAUGAAGAUCUUCACAUCUCAUUGGCGGUGGGGGAAGCAUCUUAAUACUGGAAACCAAUGAUUUAUCAAACACCUUUCAAACAACACUUAAUUUUUACAAAAAAUAAAUCAGUAAACACUUCCAUUUUAGUGCUCUUUUCAUAUUUAUUUAAAGUGUUUUGUUUAGAUUU